CUCUUUCUGAGCGCUGGCAGGCAGCCGCGACAAGGCGCUGCUGGAGACCGCGGUGAUCCAGGGGCUGGGGACAGACCAUUUGGGCCCCUCCAGCCCAAGGUCUGGUGUCUCUCUCUGUAUUUGGAUGGUGGGAGAAGGUUGGUCUUCGGAGCUUCACCUAUCCAGGGCCAGAAGAGUUUGAUAAGCCUUACGGGUCCCCAGCGUGAGCUGACCCUUCGCCGCGCCUCGCCAUGCCCCCAAAGCUGCUCCUGCUGCUUCUGCUCUGGUCGACGGGGUUGCCGCUCCGCACGGCCGAGACGGACUCUGAGGGGCAGACUGCCGGGGAGCUGUACCAGCGCUGGGAGCGCUACCGCAGGGAGUGCCUGGAGGCCCUGGAGGCCGCGGAGCCGCCCGCAGGCCUGGCCUGUAACGGGUCCUUCGACAUGUACGUCUGCUGGGAAUACGCUGCAGCCAACGCCACUGCGCGUGCGUCCUGCCCCUGGUACCUGCCCUGGCACCGACAAGUGGCUUCCGGCUUCGUCUUCCGCCAGUGUGGUAGCGAUGGCCAGUGGGGGACGUGGAGGGACCACACUCAGUGUGAGAACCCAGAGAAGAAUGAGGCCUUUCAGGACCAAAGGGUGAUUCUGGAACGCCUUCAGGUGGUGUACACCGUGGGCUACUCUCUGUCCCUUGCUACGCUGCUGUUAGCCCUUUUCAUCUUGAGCGUCUUCAGGCGGCUGCGCUGUACUCGGAAUUACAUUCACAUGAACCUGUUUACGUCUUUCAUGCUGCGGGCCGCAGCCAUCCUCACUCGAGACCGGCUGCUGCCUCCACCCGGCCCCUAUCCUGGGGACCAGACCCCGACAGUGUGGGAUCAGGCUCUGGCUGCCUGUCGCACCGCGCAGAUCAUGACCCAGUACUGCGUGGGUGCCAACUACACCUGGCUGCUGGUGGAGGGAGUGUUCCUGCACCGGCUCUUGGUGCUGGUGGGAGGCUCAGAGGAGGAUCACUUCCGCUGCUACAUGCUCCUUGGCUGGGGGGCCCCCGCGCUUUUCGUCAUUCCCUGGGUGAUCUUCAGGUACCUGUACGAGAACACGCAGUGCUGGGAGCGCAAUGAUGUCAAGGCCAUUUGGUGGAUCAUCCGCACCCCCAUCCUAAUAACCAUCUUGAUCAAUUUCCUCAUCUUCAUCCGCAUCCUUGGCAUCCUGGUAUCCAAACUGAGGACGCGGCAGAUGCGCUGCCCAGACUACCGACUGAGGCUGGCUCGCUCCACGCUGACGCUGGUGCCCCUGCUGGGCGUCCACGAGGUGGUGUUUGCGCCCGUGACUGAGGAGCAAGCGCGGGGCGCCCUGCGCUUCGCCAAGCUGGGCUUCGAGAUAUUCCUGAGUUCGUUUCAGGGCUUCCUGGUCAGCGUGCUCUACUGCUUCGUCAACAAGGAGGUGCAGUCGGAGAUCCGCCGCGGCUGGCACCACCACCGCCUGCAGCUCGGCGUCCCGGAGGAGCCGCGUGCCAGCCCGGAGCACGUAGCCCGCGCCCUGUCCUCCCGCCCGGGUCCUCACGACAUCCCCGUGGGCCGCCGCGCCGCCCCGUCCUCGGGGACGCCGCCCAGGCCCGGGCUCGAGGCCGGCCGGGUCUCGGAAAGCUACUGCUAG